AUGGGUGAAGUACCGGAGACAUUGACAGCACCGCCGCCGCCGCCGGCGGAGGGGGAAAAAGGAUCAUGGCACUCUUACAUCUCGACCGAUCUCCCUCGCACGGUUCAGCAGUCUACUGAGUCCGCUAUCCGCUCCGCCCGUUCCUUCCAGCAUUCCUCUUCUACUCAACUCCGUGCUUUUCAGGAUUUCAUGCCAGAAUUGAGGAACCAGUACAGAACAUACGAGGAUGCAUUCUUCCUGAAAGUUAAAGAUGAGCUGAAAAUUGCAAAGAAACAUCCUGCUCUAGUCGGUGGAACCGCUGCUGUAGUUGGCCUACUGCUACUCAGAGGACCAAGGAGGUUUUUGUUGCGCAAUACUCUGGGCAGAUUUCAAUCUGAGGAGGCACGAUUUCAAAGAGCUGAGGAGAGUGUAAACGAGAUAAGGCUUUCUGUUGACUUGAUGAAGAAGGAGAGUAUGAAGCUGAUUGAAAGGGCAGGUCUAGCUCAAAGUGAAAUGAAAAAGGGCCAAAAUGAGCUCAAGAAUGCUGGUGGUCAGAUUCAUAAUCUUGCUAAAUCUGUUCGCAAGGCAGAAACUGAAGCUGGUGAUUUGAUGGACAUGCUGCGAGAAAUUCCUGGAAGGGAAGCUCUGUCACUUCGUGCAGAAGUUGCUUCAGUGGCAUCACAUCUACAAGAGCGGAGGGUUUUAAUGGACAAGAAGAUUACAAAGAUUUCUGAAUUAGGUGUGUCUGUUUGA